UACUAGGGGGUCCGGGAUUGGCUCGUCACCACCCUUCCGUCUACGUCUGUACUGUGGGUGUUACAUCCGCAGGAUUGCAUGCACUGCACUUUACUGCACCCAGCCCAAACUGGGCCAAAGACUAAGUACUUGGCUCGGAUCGGAAAGGAUUGGAAAUAAUUGUGCCUUUCGCACUUCUGAAAUCAUUGUCGAAAAGAAGGGAAGGCUGAUUGCUCGUGUUUCUGACCACGCAGCUAGCUGCAAGUAGUGGAGUACUAGUAAGUGCAAGACAGUCAUAGCCAGCGUGCUCAAGUUCGUUCUCUGAGGUGCUGGAGAGAAGACAACACCUUGCUUCCCGACCUUUAGCCGCAACGAAUCACUGUCGAGGAGGAAACAUGCAGACACUAUUGCCGCUGCUCGCCAGCUUCCUGGCCACUCUGGCGGUGAGCAGAGCGUUUGAACAUUACCAAGAUGACAUUCCGAAUGUGGGACGAGGCACCAGUCGCAUUCCGGCGCCUAUCAACCAAGGGAUUUCAAUCAACAAUGUUCCUGUGACACAACCUGGCAUGGUAUGCCAGUCAAUUGGACAUGCCCUACAGUGUGGUGGCCCAUCAUCUGGCGGGGGUAAUUCCUUCGGAAUGGCCUUCAAUGUUCCACGAUUCACAGGCUCGUAUACCACCGCCGUGUGCAUGGCAGACAGCGAUGGCGAUGGGUAUACCAAUGGCGAUGAACUUGGAGAUCCGUUCUGCGGAUUCAUCACCAGCAGACAGCCAAAUCGUACCACGUGCCUUUCCCAUCCAGGAUUUGGCUGCUCUACGCCGCUUGAUCCGUUUUGUGAAGACGCUAUAACACAACCCCAAUGUGGUCCCACAACAGCACCCCCGACUACAAUGCCUGCUACAACUACAAUGCCUGCUACAACUAUGCCAGCCACCACAAUCCCAGCCACAACAACUCCACCCACAACAACCCCAGCCACAACAGCCCCAGCCACAACAAUGCCAGCCACAACAACUCCACCCACAACAACCCCAGCCACAACAGCCCCAGCCACAACAAUGCCAGCUACAACAACUCCAGCUACAACAAUGCCAGCCACAACUGCUCCAGUCACAACAAUGCCAGCCACAACUGCUCCAGCCACAACAAUGCCAGCCACAACUACUCCAGCCACAACUACUCCAGCCACAACAAUGCCAGCUACAACUAUGCCAGCCACAACUAUGCCAGCCACAACUAUGCCAGCCACAACUACUCCAGCCACAACAACCCCAGCCACAACUACUCCAGCCACAACAACCCCAGCCACAACUACUCCAGCCACAACAAUGCCAGCUACAACAACCCCAGCUACAACAAUGCCAGCUACAACAAUGCCAGCCACAACUACCCCAGCCACAACAAUGCCAGCUACAACCUCAGCCGUGACAAUGCCAGCCACAGCCACAGUCCCAGCCACAACUACACCUGCAAUGACAUUGCCAGCAAGCCCUGCAGUUCCGACUACCAGCCCAACAACAACGAGACCGACUACGGAUGUGAACAGCACACCGGUAUUCAGUACGUCCUUUGCUCCACCAAACACUUCACCAACACCAGAUGGUGCCUGUCCUGAAGCAAUUGGUGUGGAUGACUUCAACGCCCAGUACCGUAUCUACACGGCAUGCUACCAGCGUCUCUACGCAGACUGGGAACAGAGCUUCCAGGCGUGGCUGGCUACUGGCGGUGAGGGAUGUGCUCCGCCAAUGCCACCCAUGUGAUGCUGAGAGAGAGAGAGAGGGGGCUGUCUCGCUACUCGGAACAGACAUGGAUUUAACUUAUAGCAUAGUACUGCUUGCAGUUUCUACUGGCUAGGUGCAGUGAUGGCUGUGACUGUGAUAAGCCAUGGUGAUGAUCAUCUCAUAGGUAACGUACGUUGAUGAACAAACCGUCAUAUUACCGUGUUGUCUUUCACACCCAGGCUAGAACUAAGUACCACGUUCUACAAGUACUUUUAACACAGUAAUUAUUAUUACCAGUAGGUUCUCACAGCAUGCAAAUGCGUGCAAUGCUAACAUUGGCUAACUGUUAGAAUCACCACACAUUGAUAAGUAAGUAAAGUUUGCACGUCCGCGU